AGCCGAUCGUCUCUUCACAGAGUCAGCGAGACCGGCAGCCAAUUGACCGAGACGGGUCAACACAGAUAGUUCAUAUACAAAUGGGCCAUUGGAACAACUAACACCUCUUCUACUUCAAGCCAUCCGCACCUUACAGCCGCACCUUAAAGGUUAUCCUAUUCCAUCUUUGAGCGGUUUUCCACCUGAGGUCGGAGAAAAUGGCAGCAAUUCCAUCAAGUGGCUCCCUCAUCGCCACCCAUGAUUACUAUAGAAGACGCCUGGGGUCCGCCUCCAGCAACAGCUCCUGUGGCAGUGCCGAGUACACAGGGGAGGUCAUUCCACACCACCCAGCACUUCCAAGGCAAGAUUCUGGUCACUGGUGGACUUCAUUUUUCUUUGCAAAAUCGAACCAUCCCGGCAUGCAGAACGGCUCUGAAAAUCAAAAGGGAACCUACACAGUGGCCAACGGUCAGGUGACCUGCAUCGCCAGGGAAAUGGUUUUGAACAGACAACUCAGCGAAAGCAGUGAAAAUGGAAAGUCUGAAUAAUCCACACAUCCAUCAUCUUCCACCUAGACUCCAUUCCCUGCCACCGGCUCACCAUCCUGCCGCCUGCCGCCUGCCCCCCCCCCCCGCACCUCCCUCACCUCCCUCACCUCCCUCACCUCCCUCACCUCCCUCACCACUCAGCUUGCCUUCCAGGCCAUAAGUCUGUCACUGGAGACGGAGAUGAUGGUGUGUGUUACCUUUAGUCUAUGGAGUUUGCUUUUCCUAUUUGCCUAUGUAUAGUAUAUUUUUAUUAUGACCAAAAGUUUAAAAAAAACUAGUAUGUAAAAACUUUUUCAUUUUAUUCUUCUUGUGACUUGAUACUGUUGUUGAUGAUAAUAAAUAAAAUGCUUGAAGUCA